GAGAGCCAUUGCAUACAGAUGAGUUGGCAGCCGGUCUGAGCUGACCCACAGACUCAUAAAAACUAACAGGGCCCAGGGCCCCUUCACCCAUGCCAUCCAAACUCUUGGGACCAAAGGUGCAAGGACUCAUUCACAUCAGGGACCUGGCUGCUUUCUCGGAGACCAAGGAACUGAGCUUUUGUCUCUGCAUUCAUGCUGGCAAUCCAUGAGGUUUAAUCGAUUCCCUUGGGAAAUUUGCUCUGUAAAAACACAGGCAGUUGGCUCAGACAGGCAUCCAGGCAUCCGUCAGCAGCAGAGCUGGAAUUCAAGUCUGACUCUGGACCUCGUGUUUCAAGCCCAAGGAGUCGCGGACACCUGCCUGUGCUCUCCAGAUCAGUGUGUUGACAGAAAGAAUGUUCAAGCAUCUUCGGAAAUGGUUUGUCACUUGCUUUUUUGGGCGUUCUCGGCGGAGAGCGAGGCUGGUCUCCAAAGAUGGAAGGUGCAACAUUGAAUUUGGCAACGUGGAGGCACAGUCGAGGCUGAUAUUCUUUGUGGACAUAUGGACGACUGUGCUGGACCUCAAGUGGAGAUACAAAAUGACCAUCUUCAUUACAGCCUUCUUGGGCAGCUGGUUCUUCUUUGGCCUCCUGUGGUACGUGGUCGCCUACAUCCACAAAGACCUCCCUGAGUUCCAUCCCCCUGCCAACCACACCCCUUGUGUGGAACACAUUAAUGGCUUGACCUCAGCUUUUCUGUUUUCUCUGGAAACGCAAGUGACCAUUGGCUAUGGAUUCAGGUGUGUGACAGAACAGUGUGGUACUGCCAUUUUUCUGCUCAUCUUCCAGUCUAUACUCGGAGUCAUCAUCAAUUCUUUCAUGUGUGGUGCUAUUUUAGCCAAGAUCUCCAGACCCAAAAAACGUGCCAAGACCAUUACUUUCAGCAAGAAUGCAGUGAUCAGCAAGCGGGGUGGGAAGCUUUGUCUCCUGAUCCGAGUGGCUAAUCUUCGGAAGAGCCUCCUCAUUGGCAGUCACAUAUAUGGAAAGCUUCUGAGGACCACCAUCACUCCUGAAGGAGAGACCAUCAUUUUGGACCAGAUCAAUAUCAACUUUGUGGUUGACGCAGGGAAUGAAAAUUUAUUCUUCAUCUCCCCACUGACGAUUUACCAUGUUAUUGAUCACACCAGCCCCUUCUUCCACAUGGCAGCAGAAACCCUUCCCCAGCAGGACUUUGAACUAGUGGUGUUUUUAGAUGGCACAGUGGAGUCAACCAGUGCCACCUGCCAAGUCCGGACAUCCUACGUCCCAGAAGAGGUGCUCUGGGGUUACCGUUUUGCUCCCAUAGUGUCCAAGACCAAUUGGAUAUAUAUUCUCUUAGGUUCCUUAGCAUGUCUAUCUCCCUGUAAUUAUUUUGCCUCUUUAUCUUUAAGCCAUUUGGUCUUAUAG